UAAUGCUGAGGUGUUCUGAAACCUGCAGCUCGGUUAGCGUUGGGCCGCUGGCUGUAAGGCUCGGUUAGCAAUGUCAUUUGAGCGCUAUGUUCAUCGGAGAAUGCUGUAACCUCAUCCAUCUUGUACCAGAGGCCUCCAGAAUAGGUUCAUUAAGUUAAGAAUUCUCGAACGUGUACCAUAUCCGGAGCGGCGUCGACGUUCGAAAUGGCCACUGCUUGCGCGAGCUCCUCGGAAGCGGCCCCAUCAGUUGGAGAUGAGGAAAAUGUUCCGAAAGAUGAAUUUAUUCCAAGAGAGUACCAGGUCGAGCUCUUCGAAGCCGCCAUGAAGGAGAACACCAUAGUGUGCCUGGGAACUGGGACUGGCAAAACAUUCAUAGCUGUUAUGCUUAUCAAGGAAUAUGAAGCAGCCAUUCGCAUCCCAUUUGAAGAAGGAGGGAAGCGCACGUUCUUUCUGGUGCCGACAGUGCCUCUUGUCGUGCAGCAGCAGAAGGCAAUCAAGUGUCAGACAGACCUGCGCGUUGGCGGUUACGUUGGUGACAUGAACGUUGACAACUGGAACAAGCAACGCUGGGAAAAGGAGUUCAUCGAGUCUCAGGUGCUGGUGAUGACCCCUGACGUGUUCAAGCUGAUCAUUCACCACGGCUUUCUGAAGAUGUCGCGGGUGAACCUGCUGAUCCUGGACGAGUGCCACCGCGCGGUGAAGCAGCACACGUACCGGGAGGUGAUGCGAUGCAUGGACGUGCUCAAGCCCGAGGAGAAGCCGCGCGUGCUGGGCCUCACCGCCUCGGUCAUCAACAGCAAGGCCACCGAGCGGCAGGUGGAGCGCAAGGUGCACGACCUCGAGAUGGCCCUGCACUCGCGCGUCCUCACCGUCUCCAACCAGCAGAGCAUGGCCCGGUAUGGGACCAAACCGACGGAGGUGUUAAUUGAGCAUCACACAACGAGCAGCCCGUCAAUCUGUGGCAUUCAAGUUCCGGCAUUGCCCAACUUUCGGCCGACGACUUCACAGGGCCAAGAGUUGGACCGCAGGCUUCGUAGCCUGAUCAAGGUGCUGCAUGACAUGGGGGUCUGGUGUGGACACCUGGCCAUUGAGGUCAUCAUGGAGGAGGCCCGUCGCAUGCUGGAUGGUCUCGACGACGACGGCGUGCUCCGCGAGGUGGAGGUGUGCCUGGAGUGGCUGGACGAUGUUCGGAAGAGGUGCAGGAAUCACAUCGCAGAAACAAACGAUACAAUGUCCACGCCCAAGUUGAAGCGUCUCCUGGAGAUCCUGUGGGCCUUCCGCCCGCGGGAACAGCAGCAGGCCGGCAGCGGUGAUGCCGCAGAAGAGCCAGUGUCGCUGUGUGGCAUCAUCUUCGUCAAGGAGCGCAUCGUGGCACGCAUCCUCCGUGACUGGCUGCGCGAGCUGGCGAGCAGGGUUCCCAGGUAUUCCUACAUUGUGCCCGAAUUCAUCGUGGGUCAUGGUGCCAACCUUCAGCUUGGUUCCAAGGAGGCUGGGAUGUCCUUUAAGAGGCAGUGCAAGGUGCUGGAGCAGUUCCGUCGUCAGGAGUGCAACCUGCUCGUCGCCACCUCGGUGGUGGAAGAAGGCAUGGACGUUCCAAAGUGCAGCCUGGUGGUGCGCUUUGACUUCCCCGACGACUUCCGCUCGUACGUGCAGUCCAAGGGACGCGCCCGCGCCCAGCGCUCCCUCUACGUCAUGAUGACUGCGCGUGACGAGUACUGCAAGGCCUGCAUGAAUCUGCGAAACUACCUCUCCAUCGAGGCGAUAUUGAUGAACAAGUGC